ACGCCUCCACCUCAAUAAGAAAGCCACAGACAAACAGCCAUAUAGCAAGCUUCCUGGUGUUUCACUUCUAAAGCCGUUAAAAGGUGUGGAUCCGAACCUGAUCAACAACUUAGAAACCUUCUUUGAACUGGAUUAUCCGAAAUAUGAAGUGCUGCUUUGUGUACAAGAUCAUGAUGAUCCAGCUAUUGAUGUCUGCAAAAAGCUCCUUGGCAAAUACCCGAAUGUUGAUGCUAGACUGUUCAUAGGUGGCAAGAAGGUUGGCAUCAACCCCAAGAUUAACAAUUUAAUGCCUGGCUAUGAAGUUGCCAAAUAUGACCUCAUAUGGAUUUGUGAUAGUGGAAUCAGAGUAACGCCAGACACUCUGACAGAUAUGGCCAAUCAAAUGACUGAAAAAGUAGGCUUGGUCCAUGGGCUUCCCUAUGUUGCAGACAGACAGGGUUUUGCUGCUACCCUUGAACAAGUUUAUUUUGGAACUUCACAUCCAAGGUCAUAUAUUUCAGCCAACUUAACUGGCUUUAAGUGUGUAACAGGAAUGUCAUGCUUGAUGAGGAAGGAUGUCUUGGACCAAGCAGGAGGACUGAUAGCUUUUGCACAAUAUAUUGCUGAAGACUACUUUAUGGCCAAAGCUAUAGCUGACCGGGGCUGGAAAUUUGCGAUGGCCACACAAGUUGCAAUGCAAAACUCUGGUUCAUAUUCAAUUUCUCAGUUUCAGUCCAGAAUGAUCAGGUGGGCCAAACUGAGAAUUAAUAUGUUGCCUGCCACGAUAAUUUGUGAGCCAAUCUCAGAGUGCUUUGUUGCCAGUCUAGUUAUUGGAUGGGCAGCUCAUCAUGUGUUUAGAUGGGAUAUAAUGGUAUUCUUCAUGUGUCACUGCUUGGCGUGGUUUAUAUUUGACUACAUUCAACUAAAAGGUGUUCAGGGUGGUGCUCUGUGUUUUUCAAAACUUGAUUAUGCAGUAGCUUGGUUCAUCAGAGAAUCCAUGACAAUUUAUAUUUUCCUAUCUGCUUUGUGGGAUCCCACUAUUAGCUGGAGGACAGGACGCUACAGGUUACGUUGUGGAGGCACUGCAGAAGAAAUUCUUGAUGUAUAGCCGCAGCUGUGUAACUGUGAAUGUCACAAAGAGAAAAGGGGGGAAGAAAAGUAUUAUAAAUUGUUUAUA